AGAUAGAUGAAGCAUUUAUAAAAAUGAGUACUAAAAUAAUUGUAUAUGGUUUCGAUAGGAGUCCACCGGUACGUGCUGUUCUACUCACGCUGAAUGCCUUGAAUUUGGAAUACGAACAGAUAUCAGUGGACACACAAAAAGGCGAACAAUUUGCCCAGGAUUACUUAAAGAAGAAUCCCACGCAUACAAUACCAGUACUGGAGAUCGAUGGGCAGUACAUUGCCGAUUCACAUGCCAUCAUCGCUUUUUUGGCUAGCAAAUAUGGCAAGGAUGACACACUCUAUCCGAAGGAUCUCUACCAACGCGCACUCGUCGAUCAACGGUUACACUAUGAGAAUGGUGGCAUAUUCCACGGUGUAGUAAAGAAUCAUAUACGUCCCUUUGCUUUGUGUACGUUGUCACGAGACGCUGCGGAGGCAGCCGUAAAAGCUAUUAAAGAAGUAUAUAACGUUAUUGAGGCUUUCCUCAUACAGAAUAGAUAUAUUGCCGGUGAACAUUUAACUAUUGCUGAUCUGAGUUUUCUAUCGACCGUGACAGUUAUGGAUUUGGUCGCACCAGUGAAUGCAGAAAAUUGGCCAAAACUAACUGAUUGGUUAGUUAAGUUAAAAAAGUUGCCCUACUACGAGCAGGCCAAUGCUAAAGGUUUGAAGGAAAUUGAGGAAGCUCUUCAGACCGCUUUGGAGAAGUAUAAAAAAUAAUUAAUAAACAUACAUACAAACUUGUUUCUAUUGUAAA